AUGCCCAAGACGCGCCCAUACACCCGCGACGAGCUGCAGGGCCUGCGUCGCGCAGACUUGCAGCGUCUUUGUAAAACGUACAACAUCAAGGGCGCCAACGCAAAAUCAGACGUCCUGAUCACGACCCUCGCCGACUUCUUCACGUCGUCCGAGUACCUCGCAUCACUUCCAAAGGCGGACACGAGCAGAUCCAACCCACCUUUGCGCCAACCUGCGCCGCUGCACGGUCCUGCUAACCGUGCGUCAUUGAGGGCGCAAGCAACCGCCACUAUCGGCCAGGUUGGCGACCAAACCCAAAUACCUCUCAGUGUCGACAACGACACAUUCGCUUCGUCGUCGCAUGAGCUCGCAUCACUACGCUCAGAAGUCUUGCAUCUACGUGACAUUGUCGAGAGGUUCGACCAGCAGUCACUCCUCGAGCGCGUCGAGAAGCGAAUGGAAGCCCGGAUACAAGCUGCCGUCGCGGAACAGCUGGCACUUAUCAAGCAGCGGGAAGCGGCGGUGGCGGCUCAGGAGACUGCUCUCUCUGCAAUGCUUGCUCGAAUCGAGGCGUUCCAGCACAAGAUGCUCGGCGGCUCGAUUGCCGAUGUGGACGAACCAGAAGAGUUGCCACCAUCAGAUGGGACCCUUAAACGGAAGGAACCCGUGUCCGAUCUGCCGCAGCCAACUCAGAAGCGUAUGCGCUUGCCAUCUGGCACACAAACACCGCCGCUGCUCUCUUCUGCCAAGGUCUCUGAGGCGCCGUCCACGCCAGAUUCAUCGCGCUACCGCAUAGUUCCCCGUACACCUCCACAGCAGCGUGCUACGUCAAUUGACCACGUCGCGACGCCUGGACGGGAUCUGAGUCCCCGCGGCCUCCUGCCAUUUCCGGGUGCUGGUGCCAGCCCCUCCGUCAACCGUCAAGAGCGGAUCCUUUAUCGCCCUAAGCACUCGCGGUCCAGACCGUCGCAGGCUCACCUUGAGCUCUCGGCCAUUACUGAGAGCGGGUCAGAAGCCGAGACCGAAUCUGGCCCGAGCCGCCGUCCGUUCUUCGGCUCGAUCGCCAUUGACCACUCGACCGUCACGCCGCCUGCGCUCAGCCCGUCGCCGCAGAUCGGAGGCGACAACUACACCUACACUCCUCUCCCUCCCCCGUUCUCCAUGGCCGCUGGAUCGUCGUCGAAUGCGUCCUCGCCUCAUGUCGCCCGGCCCACUGCGCCGUUCGACCCUCAGCGCAUGUACAUGGAUAUCGCAUUAAAUGGGUUCGCAGACGACUACUCGCCAAGCGCGCAGGCGACACCGAGCUCACGUACCAUGUUAGGCACCGAGCGCUUCCGCGACAACCGCUUUGCUGACGAACCCUUGGUCUCGUGGCCAAGUCCCAAGCUCGACUGUGGCCCGAAUACGCCCAGUCACCCCACAACUAGACACUUUGAGUAG